GCGGGGCAGCGGCGGGGACUGUAGCGGAGGCCGCGGCGCGCUCCCGCCAUGGCCAGGAAGCGCAAGGCAUCGCCCCGGCCAGCGGCUGCCAGCAAGAGGCGCUCGGGGCGGCUGGGGCCGCGGCGGGGCGAGGAGGCAGAGGAUGAUAGUGAAGAGAAAAACCCCAGUCGAAAAAAGAAUGACUCAAAAGCUCCAGCUAGGAAGAAAAAAGAAGAUUGUGAUACUGGAGUUUCCAACUUGGCAAAGAAGCCUUCAGAACAAAAGUCACUAAUAAAAGAAAAUAAAAAAAAUACUAGAAAGAAAGGGACUCUUAACACAGAGGAAACGUGCAGUGACUCGCUGAAUCCCCCACAGAAGGAGAUAAAGUUGAAGAGAGAAUCUCCUAUUAAAAAAGAGAUGGAUGAAGACAACACUGAUGGUGAUGAUGAAAGUGAAGAUGAAUGGGAAGACGUGGAAGAACUCCAGGAACCUGCCACAGAGAAGUCAGAAGAAGCUGCUGUUCUACCAGCAGUGGUGCUGCCAAGCAAUCCUGUUGAGAUAGAGAUUGAAACCCCAGAGCAGAUGAAGAAAAGAGAGAGGAGAGAAAAAAGAAAAGCUGAGUUUGAGAUGUAUCUUCGGAGAAUGAUGAAACGUUUCAGCAAGGAAGUUCGUGAGGACACACAUAAGGUUCACCUCUUGUGUUUAUUAGCAAAUGGUUUCUAUAGAAACAGGAUCUGCAGCGAGCCAGAUCUCCAUGCCAUUGGUCUGUCCAUCAUCCCCACCCACUUCACAAAAGUGCCUACACGCAAAGUGGACCAUCUCUACCUUUCCAACUUGGUGAAAUGGUUUGUUGGAACCUUCACUGUCAAUGAUGAACUUUCCACAGAAAAAGGAGAGUCCCUUCAGUCAACCUUGGAGAGGCGCUUUGCCAUCUAUGCUGCACGAGAUGAUGAGGAGUUAGUUCAUAUCUUUUUAAUUAUCCUGCGAGCAUUGCAGCUGCUGUGUCGCCUCGUGCUCUCUUUUCAGCCUGUUCCUCUCAAGGAGAUAAAAGCAAAGGGAAAAAACCCAUACAAGAGGCAGUCUUUCAGCAGUACCUCUGAGGGGUGGGAGAGCUCUGCCACAACACCCAAAGCUGUAGCAAAAAAAUGCCCCUGCAAAAAAACCAAGCAGGAUGAGAAAUCCUCAGAGAGCAAGGAUGACAACAAGGAGACAAAGAAACACACAACUGCUCACACCAAAAAGACACACAAAUCAAAGCAAGGACAGAAUGAAUCUAGUGAUGAGGAAUACAGUUUAGCAGAAAAAGAUGUGCCAGUCAGGCCCAAGAACACUCGCCGGAGACGAGUGGCCUCCAAAGUGUGUUACAAAGAAGAGAGUGGAAGUGAUGAAGGCAGUGGUUCGGACUUUGUGGUUUCAGAGGAGGAGAGUGACCUUUCUGAUCAUGAUUUUGAACCUGUCUCCAAAAGGCAGAGGAACUCACUAGGUUCCCAGAAGCCAAAGGUAAUGGCUAUAAAAAGCCCAAAAGCUGAGACUUCAGAAUUGAGGCAAUCCAGAAAUUCCUGUGGAACUGAGCCUAAACCAGCACCAAGUACAGCUGCAGCUUUGCCUCACACACAGAAGAAGAGGAAUAAAAUAAUUUCUAGUGAUGAGGAUGAUGGACUGGAGGUAAGGAAAGCAAUGGGCACAGACCAGUGGCUGGAGGUUUUCCUUGAAUGUGAGGACAAGUGGGUGUGUGUAGACUGUGUUCAUGGCAACGUUGGCCAGCCCCAGCUGUGCUUCACGUAUGCCACAAAGCCUCUUUUCUACAUUGUGGGAUUUGACAAUGAUGGAAAUGUCAAGGAUGUGACGCAGAGAUAUGACCCAGUGUGGAUGACUGUAACAAGGAAGAGUCGUGUGGACCCUGAGUGGUGGGAAGACACACUGCAGCCAUAUAGAAGUCCCAAUGUGGAAAGAGACAAGAAGGAGGAAAUUGAGUUUCAAGUUAAGCUUCAAGAUCAGCCUCUACCAACAACAAUUGGAGAGUACAAAGACCACCCUCUGUAUGCGCUGAAGAGGCACCUCUUGAAAUUCCAGGCGAUCUAUCCUGAGUCAGCUGCUAUCCUGGGGUACUGUAGGGGAGAGGCUGUCUACUCCAGAGACUGCGUACACACGUUGCACUCCAAGGACACUUGGCUGAAGCAAGCUCGAGUGGUGAGGAUUGGAGAAGUGCCUUACAAGAUGGUGAAAGGCUUCUCCAACCAGGCGAGGAAGGCGCGCCUGGCAGAGCCCGCCAACUGCGACAAGGCGGACCUGCCGCUCUUUGGGCGCUGGCAGACGGAGGAGUAUCAGCCGCCUGUGGCAGUGGAUGGAAAGGUUCCUCGGAAUGAAUACGGAAAUGUCUAUCUCUUCCUGCCAUCCAUGUUACCUGUUGGCUGUGUACAGCUGAGACUCCCCAAUCUGAACAGAUUAGCACGGAAGUUGGACAUUGACUGUGCUCAGGCCAUCACUGGAUUUGAUUUUCACGGUGGCUACUCGCACCCAGUUACUGAUGGCUACGUUGUCUGUGAGGAGUAUAAAGACAUCCUCCUUGCUGCCUGGGAGAAUGAACAAGCAGAAAUCGAAAAGAAGGAGAAGGAGAAGCGUGAGAAAAGAGCUCUGGGGAAUUGGAAGCUGCUGACAAAAGGACUUCUCAUCAGAGAGAGACUGAAACAACGCUACUCCAUCAAGACUGAGCCAGCACUUGAGACAGAGAAAGGAAGAGAGUUCUCUUCUGAUGAAGAAGAGGGUCCGAGUUCAGAGACUGCAGUAGAGAGUGCGGCUAUUUCUUGGCCCCAGAAUCGCCAGUUAGAGAAAAAAAGAGAAGAAAAGGCAACCAGAAAGAGCAAGCGAGAAAAGAAAGGAGAGGCAGCACAGUUGUUCCCUUUUGAGAAACUGUGAUCAGAAUGAGCUUUUCAUUGCUGUUUCCAGGUGCAAGAACACCAGUCACAACAAAAGCAUCCUUUGCCAGUUACAGACUUAGCCCUUCUGUGCACUUGUGCUUCUGAGCUAUUGGGAACCAACUCAAUUCAGUACCAAGAGUUUAUUUUGCUGUUACAGGUCAUGAGCAUUGUCCUUUAUCCUUGGACUUAGGAGAAGCAGAUGUACAGUUGUACCUUCCAAGAUCACUUUGUGCUGUUGAGUUUUCUGUUCUCUUUUGCAUCUCUUAGCACUAGUAAUUCUGUUUUCCAGGACAUUCCUUUCAUUAGCACUGUCUUCCCAUUAUUCUCUGUUUCAUUUUUUCCUGCUUGCUGACAACUAAAGCAGGGAGCUGCUGUUUAACAGUCUGUGGUGAGCUGGCCAGAGGACCACUACCACCCUCUUUGAUUCAUACCAUAUCCAAAUUAGUGGUGAGAUAAGAGUUCUGGUCAUACUAAUGGUUUCAUCAUCACAGAGAGGAAAUACUUCAUCUAAGGUGUAAAGAAAUAAGGAAUCAAGAUUAGAGGAAUCUGAACAUUUACUUUCUAAAGAAUACCUGCCUUUUGUGAAAACACAGGUGUUCUUUCUUUGCUUUCAGAAAUCUUGUGCACUAGAAGAGAGAAGCCCAGUCCUGCUUUCAAACUUCAGGUUAAAUGUGUUGUCUUAAGUAAUCUGAAUAUAUACAUGUUUGUUUCAGUUUUGUUUUCUCAAGACCCUGUGGAUACAUUUCAGAUGAAAACAUGUAGAACUGUCUGAAUGUCACUGUCAGAAAGGGAACUCACUGAAACCAGAGAGCUCUUGUAAGUGGUACCCAAUACCUACGUGUUUAAAAACUGUUGAGGGAGGAAUGUUGAAUCUAUACAAACUUUCCUGCAGUUUUGUAAUAGAAAUGCUGAUCUGUCUUCUGCAGUAGUUUUAUAUAACUGCAGUAGUUUUAUAUAACUAAGUCAUAGUGAGACUGUCUCUUCAGAAAUAGAGAGGAAUACUGUCUUGUGAUUGCUGGACAUUGUCACAGAAGAAAGAUUGAAAUCUAGGAAAAUGGCUUACAUUUAAUGAUGUUGAAAAUAAAAGCUCUAUUUUUGUAUUGUAUUUGUAGAGCAAAAUAAAAUAUGGAAAAAGA